AUGCCGUCUUCGAAUCCCGACCUCCAUCACGUCAACCCGACCAUGGAGACGUCGGCCCACCUGGGCGAUGACGACCAGCAGCGGCUAGACACGGCGGCGAGCCACUCGUCGCGCUCCGAUGACCUCGAAAAGGGCGGCCUCGAGGAGGCCAAGCCGGUCAAGGACAAGGACGACGUCGAGGCUCUCGGCGCCGCCCACGCCCACGUCAAGCGCGUCUCGGACGACUCUUCGUCGCUCGCCGCCGCCGUCCAAGACGUCCAGACCAGCGGCGAGAUCAACUACCGCACCCUCUCGUGGCAGAAGGCGGCCGCCCUCUUGUUUGGCGAGUACGUCUGCCUCGCCAUCCUCUCGUUCCCCUGGGCCUUUUCCAUCCUCGGCAUGGCCGGCGGCAUCAUGGCCACGCUCGGCGUCGGCGUCUGCGCGCUCUACACGGGCCUCACCUUGCACAAGUACUGCCUCAAGUACCCGCAGGCGCUCAACAUCUGCGACAUUGGCUACCAGAUCUUUGGCAAGAGCCGCAUCGCCUACGAGAUCACCGCCCUCUCGCUCAUCCUCAACAACGUCUUCAUCCAGGGCCUGCACACCCUGACCGGCUCCCAGAUCCUCAACACCCUCUCCGAGCACGGCACCUGCACCUUGGCCUUCUCCAUCAUCAUCAUGGUCGUCUGCCUCCUCCUCACCUUGCCCCGCAAGCUCGAGCAGGUGGCCAUGAUGGGCAUCGUCUCGGCCAUCUCGAUGGCCAUCAGCAUCUUCCUGGUGCUCAUCUUCACCGGCAUCCAGGGCCGCAACCCGGCCGUGGCCGACGUCACCGCGCCCGUCCGUAUCACGGCGUUCGCGCCCGAGGGCACCACGUUCGUCGACGGCUUCAACGCCUUCCUCAACAUCGUCUUUACCUGGAUCGGCCACAUCUGCUACCCGACCUUUAUCGCCGAGAUGAAGGAGCCAAAGGACUUUGACAAGGCCCUCUACGCCGUCACUGCCAUGGAGUUCAUCGUCUUCACCCUGGUCGGUAUCGUCGCUUACUACUACACGGGCCAGUACACGACUGCGCCCGCCGUCGGCACGCUCAAGCCGAUCUUCAAGAAGAUUGCCUUCGCCUUUGUCCUGCCGACGACCAUCAUCAUCGGCGUCAUCUACGCCUCGGUGGUGGCCAAGUACCUCCAUGCCAGGCUCUUCCUCGGCACCAAGCACUACAACAACAACACCACCGUCGGAUGGAUCGGAUGGGUUGGCUGUGUCACCUUCACCUGGGUCCUUGGCUGGGUCAUUGGCGAGGCGAUCCCCUUCUUCUCGACGCUGCUCUCGCUGAUGUCGGCGCUCUUCGACUCGUACAUUGGCUACAUCUUCUGGGCGGUGGCCUACGUCGAGCUGCACCGCGGCCACCUCUGGACCGGGCAACGCUGGACGAGGAAGCUCGAGACGGCCUUCCAGGGUUUCCUCAUCAUCGUCGGUCUCUUCAUCUUCGGGCCGGGUCUCUACUCCUCGAUCCAGGCCAUCAUCACCAACUACGACACCGGCAGCGUCAAGGCGCCCUUCACCUGCGUCGACAACGCGCUAUAG